UUUCGAAGCGAAGUCGCUCGUUGCUCGCUGCGCACAGGUCUACGAGAUUUGCGUGAAGAAUUAUUUAUCAAAAUGAAAGUUAAAAAUAAAACAAACACUUUAAGAGAUACAGCACUUAUAAAAGCGGUGAAAAAUAAAACGAGAGCCUCAAAAAAUUCAGGAGAAUCGACCCUACGAAAAGCUGUAAAAAACGUUAAAGAAGUACUUGAGAAAAAACAGAUUGAAAACAGGUUAACCAAAAGUAAUCUGAAAGAAUCUUUCACUGUAAAAGCUGCGAAAAAGAAAUGGGAAUUUAAGUCGAGUAGAGGACUUAUAUAUCUUGGCCAUAUACCACAUGGAUUCUUCGAGGACCAAAUGAAAGAUUAUUUUUCACAAUUUGGUAGAGUUACCAAAGUUAGACUCGUAAGAUCUAGUAAGACUGGUAUUAGUCGCGGUUAUGGUUACGUCGAAUUCCAACAUCCUGAUGUAGCUAAGAUAGCGGCCGAAACGAUGAAUAAUUAUUUAAUGUGCGGUAGAUUAUUAAAAGCCACGUAUAUACCACCAGAGAAACAGCACAUAGGUUUCUUCGCUGGAAAAAAUUGGACAAAGACGAAGUAUCCGAAACUUAUAAAUAGAAGAAAGAUAACGAUUAUCAGAAAUUCUAUUAUAAGCGACGACAAGCACAAGCAAUAUACGAAAAAGAAUUUAAGAAAUCUGACAAAAUUGGAGGAGAAAUUAAAAGAGAAAGGUAUUAAUUUGAAAUUCGGUUCGAUUGUUUCUCCUGACGAGCAAGCGAAAGAAACGAAAUAAAAUAAUAUUCUAACUCGUUAAUGUGAUUUUUAUCAAGCAUUUUCUUUUUUUGUUCCACCUGUGGAACAAGUUGAAACUUCAAAUAUUUAAACCGUAUUGAUAGACAAUAUGUUUUAGAUAAUGUACAAAUUUUGGAAACAUUUACAUAGCAUAGUACGAGUAAAUAAUUAAUAUUAACUAUUAUGUACAAUCACAUAUGUUUAUGUUCGAAUAUCAAGCGUAUUAAGAUACAGCAUUUCGUUCCCGUA